CAACAAAUUCGUUUGUGUUCGAUCAGGAUAAGAUUUAUAUACCAGCACUCGAUCUCUUCCACAAUUUCUCCUUAAACCCUUCUAGUUAUGCGUCAUGUUCAUCAAAUGUUGCAAUUCAUUUCAGUAUUCUGCGAUUCCCUAAGUUAGAGAUUCGGAACAAUGAUCGAUCAAGAUGAAUGGAUUCUUCAAAUCAGACAUGGUCUUUGCGAAGACAAUGAAUUGGUAGAAGAAGAGAGCGAAUUGCGCAUAUGCGUGUUCAACGUCCCAAAGGAAUUACUGGUAGUGAAGACAGAAGCAUAUAUUCCACAGUCUGUUUCUAUCGGGCCAUAUCACCGCUGGAAACCUGAACUGUACGAGAUGGAGAGGUACAAAGUGGGCGCCGCGCGAAGAUACCAGAAAAGAAUCGCCGCUCAAAAAUUUGAAGUCGUAGUGGAAGAGUUGCGGAAGUACGAGUGGCAAAUCCGAAGCUGUUAUCACAAAUACCUGGACUUCAGUGAGGAAGCCCUGGCUUUGCUAAUGGCGUUGGACGCCGCCUUUGUUCUCGAGUGCUUGCAAUUCUAUGCAAAGCAGGCGGACAAAACAAGCCAGGAAGUGUCCUCGGAAGUAAAGCAGCUGGGAAACGUUCUCGAUCCUUCUGGAAGAAGCGCGGCUCACAAUGCUAUUAUGAAAGAUCUAAUGAUGCUCGAGAAUCAGAUACCUUUGUUUGUCUUACGAAAGCUUUUGGAAAUGCAGCUGCUUUCUGAGGCAGGGGCGGAGGAGAGGCUCUGCAAUAUGGUGACACUUGCGUGCAAAGAAUUGUCGCCUUUCAUGUUCAAAAUGCCGGAGACUUCAAAGCUCCAGAUAAAAGAUCGGGGACACAUACUCGAAGUGCUCUAUUACUCGCUUGUCCCCGUCCCCCCCAAAGUUGAUUCUUUUCGCAGUGCCGUUGAAAUGGAAGAGCAGCCGCUGCCGGAUAUGACUAAUGUCCAGAAAGCUUUUAAUUUUCUAUGGAGGGCGCUCUCUGCACUCAAUGUCCGCCCCAUUCAACGGAUAUUUCAGGUCGUAAUAAAGCUGCCUUUACGCCUUGUUUCCGCUCUCGGAAACCUGCCGGUUCUUAGGGCUUUGAAGGGGCCGAUUCUCAUCAUCUUCAAUUCUUUUUCCGCCGAGAAAACUGACCAGGACGGCACAGGCGAGGACGAUUCUUCUGUGGAAAUUCCUCCUACACGAGAUGAGCUGGAUAUCGCGUCCAUUUCCAGCUUAUAUUCAGCCGGAGUAAAAUUCCUUCCCACGGACGGAGACCUUACCACAAUACGCUUCGACCAGAAGACUGCCACACUGUACCUUCCCAAAGUUAAAUUAGAUGCUACUUCAGAAGUGGUUCUCAGAAACCUGGUGGCUUUUGAAGCUUCGGCGAGCCCCGGGGCUUUCAUCUUUACUCGCUACACGGAUUUAAUGAAUGGAAUGAUCGACAGCGCGGAAGAUGUUCGAUUGCUCCGAAGCAGCGGGAUUAUUUAUAAUUACUUAGAAAGCAACGGAAAGGCUGCGAGCAUGUGGAACAACAUGGGUAAAUGCGUGAAAUUGACCAAAGUUAAGCAACUGGAUGAGGUCAUAGCUGAGGUAAAUAAGUUUCACGGCAGGAAAUGGAGAGUUGCUCUGGAGAAGAGCCUGAAAACUUAUGUGUUUGAUUCUUGGAAAAUCCUGUCUCUCUUUGCUGCGUUUAUACUUCUCGCCCUCACAUGUUUGCAGGCCUUCUGCUCUGCGUAUGACUGCAAGAGAUGGUUUAGCGACACUGAUUUUGUUGAGGAGUCUGAGCGACUGGGUAAAUAAUUCCUCGGAUAGGCUACUUGUUUUUUCAUCCGCCUGUAUCUUUGUAUUUAUGUGAUUUCAAGUACUCUGUGGCUUUACCCAUAUUUUCUGCUGCUGUAAUUCUUGCUUUGACUGAAAGGAACAAGUAUCAUGUACUUAGCUCUGCAAUGUUUCGUGUUCCUGUUAAUUUCAGAACAUAAAUUCAAAAAAUUAGUUAUCUCCAGACACGCUUUUAAGCAUUAAA